UCUCAAUUUCCUUAUGUUUCCCCUCCCUCUCUCUCUCUCUCUCUCUCUCUAUUGAAGCAACUAUUAAUAUAUCUUGUUCUGAUCCCACUUAGUUGCUAGAUGUAUAUAUAUUGUCAAAUUGAUCCUAGGCUUUUGCUUUUGCUUAUUCAUGAAUCAUCAACUUUCGGUGCUAGUUUAAAAGCCUUGUCACUCGGGAUCAUAUGGCAAAGUUGCUAAUCAAAUCAAGGUUUCAAUAUAUAUACUAUUAACUAUUAAGCUUAAGGUGUGUCACUAUUGUCUAAUUAUUAACUAUUCCUAGGUGGUUCCUCCUUUCUUCUUGCCUUCCCCUGCUUGUUAUCUUCAGAAACAUCACAAGUCGGUAUCUGCAGGUGCAGCAUCAUUAAGAUUCACACAGCUUAGUUAGAGCUUCAUGAUUGGUUGAGCUAGCUUGUCUGCUUAUCUGUGUAUAUAAAAGCUCUCUCUGUAAGUUUCAUUGUAUUUAUAUAUAGAGAAAUGAGAAUCUUGAUGAUGCUGCAUCAGCAAAUAGAUGACUAACAUAACAGUAUCGAUCCUCUGUUGAAUUUUCCAUCGAUCCAGAUCAGACGAAUUAAUUAUGCAGAGAGGAAAUUAAUCAAGGCCCAAGACUCAUGCACCAUGCUGAGCCUCGAUAUUCGACUCGUAUCUGAAAUGUGAUCGACCAUUAAGUUUUUCACGCUGAGUAUCCUACGGUUGAAGUCUGCUACAUGAGACCAAGACCCACUCUACAAAGUCAAUUAGAACAAGAUUGAUGAGCAUCUUAUCGUCUAUAAGGUCAAAGGAAAGGACAAUCAUCAUAGAGAGAAAAAGAGAGAGUUAGCAGAGACGACUAGGGUUCUUUGAGGUCCUGCGGCGGAAAGCACGACGCCGGCGAGAACGACGGUGGUUCUGUGAGAUCGACGACGGGAAGGCGCGGUUUCACCGACCAAGAGAUGAGUCCUGUCCAAAAGUAUGCUCUAAAACCCUCUACUUGGCCUGAUUUCAGUGUAGAGUUAGAUCCCAAAAUGGAGCACCUGCAAGUACCGAGUGAUUUUUAUGAGAAACAUAAAACUGCCUUGGGGGAUCGUGUUGUCAUUAUGGAUCCAGUAGGUGGGGAGUUCUCUUUUAGGUUACUUGCUGGGAACUUAGGGGGCUUGAUUUUUGAAUGUGUUGCUGAAUUUUUAAGGAGAUAUGGCCUGAAAGAAAAUCACUUAUGUGAUUUUUUCUAUUUUGGAAAAAACACAUUUAUUGUGAAGAUUUUGGAUGGUACCCUGAAAGAAAUUAGCUAUGGUGUUGGCACUUCCCUAAGCCAACCUAUAGUAAUUGAUGAUGGUGAUGAGGAGGUUGUGGAUGAUGAGGAUCCAGUGGGAGAUGAUGAGGAUGCUGAAGAAGAUGAGGAGGAUGAUGGAAUUAUGGAAGUUAGUGAAGGAGAGGAAGAAAAUGGUGUGAACAGGGUUCUUCACCCAUUUGAUAAGGUGAUUACUAAAUCAGAUUCAAAAGGAGAUCAGACUUUGUCACUACCCAUGAUGUAUGUUCGGAACCAUGUUAGGCCAAAUUGGCAGCAUGUUGUUCUACAAACCCCGGAGGGUAGAACCUACGCUUGUGAGUUGAAAAGGAGGAAUCCAGGAGAGGAUGAUACUCCUUGCAACAUUGGGAAGGAUUGGAAUAAGUUCGUUAAGGAGAACAAGUUGAAGAGGGGGGACACCGUGCACUUUAGACCAGAUAGCGUUGCUAAUAAUAUGAUUUACGUUAGUAUUAUUCGUAGGAAGCAGCGUUGAAUUUUUGAAGUUCUUGGUUAUGUAACUUUUGGUGGUUUGGUGUGAACUUUGUAAUGCUUAUGAUGAAUUUUGUGGUUGUUUUUGUAUGGAUGAUGUUUGUUUGUUACAGUUUAUGGAUGCUUUUGUAUGGAUGAUGCAAUGUCAUUAUGUUUAAGGUUUCAGUCUAUAACUUUUGUAUGGAUGAUGCAAUGUCAUUAUGUUUAAGGUUUCAAUCUAUUGACUUUAUAU